GCAUAGAAUUGUCGGUCAUGAGUCGUUCGUUUAUCUCGCUUGUACAUUCUUCACAUUUGAUGUAAAUCGUUGGCCGCACUAGGCACCUAAAGUGGCAAGAACGUGAAUGUGUGAAUUUACCAAAACGAAGGAAAAGGGAAAAGAAAUAAUUUUUUCCUCAAGUGAAACGUUGAGUGAGGAAAUUAAACGAAAACUGAACUAAAUCUGCAGUUUCGAUAAAAUAUUGAAGUCAGAAUUCUAGUGCAAAAUUGAAUAUUUUGAAUUGUAAUGUAUGGUGAAGUGUGCGAAAGAUUGAGGCAUAUCCAUUGCUAAUUAAAGUGUGAAAAGAAAAUAAAAGGUGCUGUAGUAACAAUAGGGAAGCAGGCAGUAGAAAAAUCGUGGUCGUUGUUCUAGUAUCAGUGAGCAGAAUCAGAGCCCAGGUCAGAAAAAGAGACAUUAAUUACAGAGCUGUUGAAACAGCGUGGCGAGGUUGGUUGGUAGCGGUAGACUACGAAACUGGCGACAGUCGGAUCGGGGAGUUGAAGUAAUAAAUUCAGCUGCACUUGGAACUAAACUCUUUAUUGUUACGCGAUCAAGACGACCAAACAUAGUCCAGAGCCGAUUUUUUGAAAGCAGAGUGCGGGAAGUGCUUGGCUGUUGGCUCGCAAGUAAAUAAAAUAAAAUGAAAAUCUGAAGCCCUAAAAGUAUAAUACUAAACGUGAACAGUGAAAAAGCCAGGGCUUAUUUGAUACAAAAUGGAAUCGCAAUCGACAACCAUUAUUAAGAACCCUAAUAACAACCAUUCUGACAACUACAAUUUAACCCAGCAACAACCAUCGCUACAAAACAACAAUCUUGCUGUUACCGCACCGCCAUUUACUCCAUCUUCCCUUAAUAGCAAUGGCAACAGUACAAGCAACAAUAAUUUGACUGGUCAACAGACUAAUAAUGCAAUCGCGCCCGCCCAAUCCUAUACACCUGUGCCAGCUGCCGCUACUGCUUCAUUGCAUAGUGCCGGUGCCACCUCAGCAGGGCAUCCUAUCUAUAAUCAGGCUAUGCAUUCCUCGAAUGUGUUUGUACCAGCGCCAGGUGUUCAUCAAGCUGGGCCAAUGUAUGCAGCUAUGAUGCCCGCGCAACUUCCGAGUAAUGUCUAUGUAAACAAUGUUACCGCCAAUGUGAAUCUGCAUGGAUGGACACAUGCGGUACCAACGUACAUACCAGGUGGAGCGCAACACUACAUCCACGGUGAUGUACCAUCUGAUCAGAAUCCUUCUGUUAUGCAGGCGAUGCCAGCUAUACCCGUAGCGUUGACUCCUUCAAAUGCUCUUGUUGCUGCUGGCGGGAAUGGCAAUCCAACUUCUCAAAUCGGUAACAUGAGUAGCCGCGGUUCUCGCCGCGGUCGCGGUCGAGGUGGAAGCGGCGGUUCACGCCGUGGAGAUUACAAUAAUCAAAGGCAUCCACCACCGGAAGGAAGUCCAGCACCUCAGCAGCAAAUGGUACAAACACAGGAGCAAAUCGGCCAACAAUUGCCAUUGGCUCAGCAACAACAACCGCAACAAGUAGAGCAGACUAGUCAAUUAAUGGCUAGUGGACCGCCAAGUUAUGCCGCACAACCGCAAUACGCGCACGCACCAACAUACGCCGCAUAUCCAUAUCAAACGUACUUUGCGACACAGAAUCCAAUGUUGCAUCCAGCGCAGGCCGCUCAACAAGCCACUGGUACCCCUCUGUAUGUUUCACACAUGCCUAUGUACAAUCCACACCACGUCUACAAUUACAUGGGCGGUCAAUUCGUCUAUCCGCCCGUCAUAAAUCCGCCCGAGUAUCAGUUUUUGCCUGGCGAAGACGGCCAAUGCGAUGAUCGUCAAAAUCCUGAUGGUAUGGUGGCUCCAAUGUGGCAUACACAUGCUAUUUAUACCGACGAGUACGGUAUGAGUCCUGAAAUGCAUGGAGCAGCCGGUGAUGAAAUAAAUCACAACACUUCCUCUCUGGAUUCUGCUGAUCCCCCUACCUUGCUUAGUCCGAACUAUGCAAUCUAUGAUCCACAAAUGCACGAUGUGCAACAACAUAUGGGUAUGAUGCAAAUAUACGAUGAUACACAUAUAGCGCAAAUGCAGGGAAUGCAUCCCGCGACUUCAGUUACGCAGCUUGAAGAUGAAAUGGGAGAGUGUAGCACACAGCCUGGCGCCAUACAAAUGGUAACUUCUGGGGCAAUCAUUUCGGCUGGCUCCAUACAAAUGUCCAACGAAACACAAAUUAUUCACCAUGGCCAUCCGCAACAUCAGGCUCAGCACAUAAUACAAAACACAGUCAUGGAAUUGAAGCAACAACAAUCAAGCGAGCCCGAACAUGUCAUCAUUGAUAACAGUGUUAUUGAAGAAGUGUCUGAUUUGCAAGCCGUUGGUUCGGUGACUAGCUUGAAUGAAAUCCAUGCGCUCCAGAGCACAGAAAAUAUUGCACAGGAAUAUCAACCGCAACAACAACCGCUGCCCUUGACACAACCACAGCAGCAAGCACAAGCACAGCCACCACACCAACAGCCGCCGCUGAAACAGCAUCAGCAGCAGCAACCACAACAAAUCGAACAGCCACCUGCACAGUUCCAUCAACAGAAUACUGUUGACGCACCGGUGGCCGCGAUUGCCAAUGAAACAUACAAUAACAGUAACCAGAUAUUGCUGACCGAUGUCAAUGAGUCGAAUGAAAAUGUGCCAAACGAUGAUCCGACCGAAGUACCUGUGCCUGUGGCAACUGUGGCUCCAUCACUAGCCCCACUUGUUGCAGUGGCACCGCCACCUCAGCAAUUGCAACCACCAACAGUGGCCGCUGUAGUAGCUGCACCGCCACCGCCCACAACGGCAGAAAAUGCCGCCGUGACAAGUGUGGCCACUGCCACUGGUGUACCCACCCAGCAGCAACAAAUACAGACUUCACCUCCGCUGCAGAAGUACCAUCACCAACAGCAGCAGCAACACCCAAAACACCAGCAAUCCUACAAUCGUUACGAUCAGCAGCAACAACAACAUCAUAAUCAACAAUAUCACCAUCAACAGAAUCAUCAUUAUCAGUAUGAGCAGCGCCGACCACAACAAAAUUACAACAACAAUCAGUCGCGCCGUAAAUACGACAAUUACAACAAUCAGUCUUAUGCGCCCAAUAAUAACAGCAAUAACAACAAUGAUUCUGCCAUCCAAACCACAAAAACAAUGUCGUGGACCAAUUCCAGCAAGAAGUCAACGGCUUCGGUUGCCGUUACCGCCACCCCAAGUAACAACAACAACAACCCCCAGAAUAGAUCGUACGGCCAUUCGACAAAGACAUACACAAACCAUCAGCACCACUAUCAGCAACAAUCGCACUAUCAUCAACAGCAUCAACAACAACAACAUGGCGGGCACUAUAAUCAGACACCGCAGAUGCGCAAUUACGGUGGCAUGAAAAUGCCCUCAUCGCCUGUCGGCAGCAAUGCGCCGCCCCAGUUUAGCAACAACGCCGCCGGCAGCAACAUGGGCGCAGAGCGUCGAAACAGCCAAGCGGAGCAGCCGAAAUACUUGAAUUCUCCCUACAACAACUAUAAUCAAUAUGCUAUUAACAAUAGCAACAACUCGGGAAACAACAAUAACAUGAAUAGCGCUGGUGCAAUGGCAGCUACCUCAACGGCCAGCACCACAGCGGCGCCUCAGCAUUUCUCACAACAACAACAGCAACAACAACAACAGCAGUAUCAACAACAUUCACAAGGCUCGCAGCCGCAGCAGCAGCAACAACAACAACUGGCUGUACAGCCAAAUCAGCAGCAGCAGCAACCACAACAGCAACAACAAGCGCUGGUUAUUGAUAGCAAGCAAUACCCCGGUUUCACGAGCAGCAAAAAAGCUGCUGCCGCCGCCGCAUCGGCUCUAACGGCGGCCCCUGCCCCUGCGCCAAUAAUGAAUUUGGCGCCACCCAUAACGACCAACACCAACACCACCACAUCCAGCGCACAGUCGUGGGCUAGCUUGUUCAACGACAGCAAUACCGCUGCCACACCGACUGCCACUAGUGUCAGUAGCACCCAGUCCAACAGCAACAACAACAACAGUAACAAUAGCAACACGAAUGCCAACAACCAGAAUAGCAACAAGUCACCCGCGUUGCCUCCACCAUUCUCAUCGAAGAAGCCUGUAGCCAAAGUAGCGCCCUACGAAUGCGUUGUACCCACGCCGGCUAACCCUGCACCGCCAGUUGUGCUGCCGGGCGCAAUGUCGUACUCGGCUGCAUCAGCACAGGGCAUACCACCACAAACAGCAGCAACGAAGGCGGUCAUAAAACCCGAACCGGCUGCACCAACUAGCCGCGCCAACCUGGACGAAUACACGCUGAAAUUUGCGGAUUUCCUUACCAAGACGAAAACCGAUUUGUCCACGGUUAGCCUACGUCCACGCGGUUUGACCAAUCCCUCCAACUAUUGCUACAUAAAUUCCAUCCUGCAAGCGUUGCUGGGCUGUGCGCCAUUCUACAACUUGAUUCGUUCUAUACCCAAACAGGCAGCAGCGCUGUCAGAAGUGCGCACUCCUACUGUCAAUGCGCUCAUUUCGUUCGUGUCGCAAUUGUCCACGUUGCCAUCGGGGCUACGUCUGCGUACAAAUAAGGGACCCAAAGGCAAAGACGAAUUGGGUAGCGAGUUGCAGUGCGAUUCCGCUUUCGAACCAAUCGAGAUCUAUCGCUUGUGGGCCAAUAGCCGUGAGGAAUAUGUGGAGGGGCGCCAAGAGGAUGCCGAAGAAUUUUUAAGCUAUGUGCUCAAUAAACUGAAUGAUGAAAUGUUGGAGGUCAUAAAAUUAGUUGCUAAACCAAACGCCAUACAAAAUGGACGAAACGAAGUUUCUGAGAGCGAAGAUGGCGAUGAGUGGCAGAUGAUUUGCAAUAACCGCAACAAGGGCAGCGUCACACGACAAACCGAUUUUGGACGCACCCCUCUAAGUGAUAUAUUCCGCGGCGAAUUGCGUUCACGUUUGCAGCGUGAAGGCGAGCACUCAACUGAUGACAUCCAGCCAUUCUUCACAUUACAACUGAAUAUCGAAAAAGCCGCCUCGGUGAAGGAGGCACUCGAAAUACUGGUCGGCCGCGAUCAGUUGGAGGGUGUAACUGGCAGCAAAACCAAGCAAGAAGUUGUAGCUUGGCAACAAAUGACACUGGAAAAAUUGCCAAUAAUCCUGAUUUUGCACCUGAAAUGGUUUGACUACCGCUCCGAUGGCUGCACAAAGAUACUGAAGAAAGUCGAAUUCCCCAUUGAUCUAAAAAUCGACGCAAAAAUACUUGCAUCCAAGAAGUACUCGAUGAAGCAGCGCGCCUAUCGCCUAUUUGCUGUGGUCUAUCAUGACGGCAAAGAAGCCACCAAAGGUCACUACAUCACCGAUGUUUAUCACACGGGCUAUAACAGUUGGCUGCGUUAUAAUGAUAGUUCCGUAAAGCCGGUCAGUGAGAACGAAGUUCUCUACCCGAAAACACCGCGCGUGCCUUAUUUACUAUAUUAUAGGCGUUGCGACACAAUGCCACAGCAGCAGCCCACUGCUAUGACCGGUGGCAAUGCAAACUCCUCCUACUCAAAUGCGGCUAAUAGUGGUCGUGAACGCGAAAGUAGCAACAAGUAAAGGUGUAAGCCGUGCGAACGUGUAAGCCGUGUUGAUGAUGAACACGCUUGCGGCGAGUAGAGUACUAUGGCAAAGCCAACCCUAAGGCGCACGCACUAAGAGCGGCAAAAAGGACCAAACGAUGCCGGCUGUUCGAACGGUAUACAGUUGCAUACAUCUAUGGAUUAGGUAAUGGAUUACAGCUUAAAGUGAACUAACUGUUGUCGCCGAAAAAAAGCUGCAAUCCAGACCAAAAGUUCUAAAUCGAACACACUGUAAUAUAGGAAUUUUUCUCUUUUAGUUUAUGCUUAAAUGAAAAUGCAUGAAAAUAGAGCUAACACCUAAAACUAAAUACGCAUGUAGGUUAUAUUUUAAGUAUUAUUUUUAAUUGCAUUACAUGGAAAAUGCAAACAAAUGUUGCCUUUGAUCAAAACUGAUUGUAUGGAAUGAAUGAUUGGUGAAUGUGUGAGAGAUGGAGUGUGAAUGUCAGCUUUUUUGCGCGGAAACUAUUUGUCAGCUGGCUCCUGGGGAAAGUUCGGUUAGAGGGCACGGAGUCGAACUGAUGCAGAAGGUCCAUAGAAGGCGAAUUGGAAAACAAAAAACUGACUUGGAGUGGAAAUAUGUGACAUACAUACACACAUAUGUUAAAAAAUAGUGGAAUAUUAUUAAAGAAAAUAGAAAAUAAUGCGUAUAAUUGUUGUAAAUAAUAUAGGAUCGUGUACAAAUUACAUAUACAGACAUAUAUAUAGAAAAAAAGAAAAAAAAAAAUAGAGAAAUAAGCUUGCUUGCAGCAUCUAAAUAAAUCAAUAUCCAUACAUUUAUAGGCUUUUUUAUUUGGAAUUAUAAUGAACAACUAAUGAAGUGCUUAAAAAAUGCAGCAGCAACGAUAAUUUGAGAUAAUUUGAAUGAACAAAAAUAAGCUUGGAAUGCGGCAAGAAAAAAGCCACUGCUACGUCAGCAUAUAAAUGCAAAAUUGUUCAAAAACUAAGUUAUUCACUUACUAUACACACACAACAAUGAAGAUCAAUAUGAAUUAAUUGUAAUGUUUGUAAGAGGGAUGGAUGGAAAAAAUGGUAAAUAGGUAGUAUAUUCCGUAAUCAUAAUACAUUGCCUUUUUUCUACAGCAAACAAAAAUGUAAACAAACAAGAUAAAGAAAAAAAAAUUAUUGAUUUUCUAUUAUAUUUUUAAUAGUAAUAUUUAAGAGAAAAUACGAAUACGAAUACUUUAUAUUUAAUCGUUUUUUAGAUUAUAUAAACAGUGGCGCAAAAAUCAUAGUAAAAAAGUCGAUUUUAAAGUUGGCGAACAGUUUUUUUUUUUACAUUCACGGAACUCUUUUAUAUGACGCGCAAUUCAUGUUAUAUUCAAAGUCGACUUUAUUUCGAUACGCCAAUAUAAGUACAAGGAUAAAUAGUGUUGUAAAGAAACCAGCGGGAAGUUUUUCAAGCAUUUUGUGUUAAAUGUGUGUGCUGACUAAGAUAAGAAAUUUAGUAACUGAUUACCCUUUGGCAUGGGGUGAUUUAGCUAAUAAAAAGCGUAAUAAUUAUUAUGUACAUAUUUAAAAUUCAUAUGCAGAGAAAUUUACAAUAAAACAAUGAGUGAACAGUGAA